GAUUUCAUUCUAGUUGCCCAAAUGCCCGACGUUUUACUGGUUCUAUCAUCCUUGGCACAGACAGCGCAUGCGUGUUCAUUCAGCUACGUUCUGUCUCAGAAAGACGCUAGUGCUCCGGAGCGUCAGCAUCAGGCAUGACUGAACAAGGUAACGGUGGACACACGCCUCCCGCGUUUGCCUUCUUGGACGAAGCAACCCCGUAUACAAGCCGUGAAGGCGGCGAGGGAGCCUCAGGCACUUGCUACGAUUUACCUGCGUAUAUUGAAGAGUACAUCGAUGACGCAUUGAAGGCGCGGAACCGCCAGACCGAUGCCACUGACGUCAAUGAUGACACUGAUAACGGAAGCACGAACUACGCACCUGUGGUGUCCACCGCUAGUGCCGAUCACGCCUGGCCCGGAACGAGCCACGCUGGCAUUGAGAAACUAUCGCCUACUACGAAAGACAGCGCGAGCUGUUCUGACGAAGCCUGGCGUUGCCUGCAGAACGCGCAGCACAGGCCAAUUGCCGACCAGACGUACAGCCUCGAAGGUUUCUCGUACAGUCGUAGCACAAGUCACCUAAACCCGGGCUCCAGCAGCAGCAUCGAUCACGCACAACCCAGCACAAGCCGCGCUGGCAUGGUGGAAGCAUCAGCCAUAUUAGAAUACGGCGCCAGGAAUGCUACUGGAACCGGAGGAAGGGGACAGCAAGACUUCAUUCCUGAUGACGCCUGGAAGUACCAGUGGAACACACAGCCCACGCGGACAACCGAUGGAACUUACAACGUCGACGGUGUCACUGAAAACUGGAGCACAAGUUACCAGCCCCUGGAGUCCAUCAGGAACAUCAUUAAGGCAAUGCCAAGCACAAGUCGUGCAGGCAUGGAGGAAGCAUCAGCCAAUUUUGAAGACGGAGCCACGAAUGCUACUGGGACCGGAGGAACCGAACAGCGAGAGUGCUGUGGUGUCAGUGGAAAUGUUUCCAGCAGACGGGACUCCACACACAGGCAAUCCAGCGAUCAUGCGGACGGCACAGCCCCCAUGUUCACAGCACAUCAUCGAUUGUCUGUCAAGAAGUCGAACAACAAAUGCGAAACAUGUGGUAAAUUGUUUAGCAGGGCUAGUUACUUAACUGUACAUUACCGCACGCAUACAAGCGAGAGGCCCUACAAAUGCGAAAUAUGUCAUAAAUCGUUCGCGCAUUGCAGGAGUUUCCAUAGGCAUCAACACAUUCACACAGGAGUGAAACCCCAUAUCUGCCAUAUAUGUACUAAACCAUUUAGAAGCAAAGACGACCUUAAGAAUCAUCUCAAAUCACACAGUACCGACAGACCUUACACUUGCGACAUAUGUAAUGCCUCCUUUAAGUGCAACACAACUUCCAGAAAACACCGCAAAAAAUUUCACGAGGGUAAAAUGCCGUAUGAGUAAAAUGCAUUUAGUGCAACCAGGGUGGAUUUGGGUUUGCAAAGAAAGAAAACGUCGACGCACAUCUCUGCCAGAAUAGCAGGUGCCGAUUGUGCGGAGAUUAGUUUAGAGAUUCAGCUCAACUGAUUGCACAUGUCAUGACGCAUACGGGUGGGCAGUCAUAAGUGUGACGAGUGCGCAAGUGCAGUUAAUUGUCCACGUGUGUCGCAUAGCAACGUGACCGGGAAGCCGUGCAGAAAAAAACUCACCGCUGACAUUCUCCCGCAGGGGUAAUGAAUAAGCCAGUCGCAUUCUGUGGAGAGACGGGCUCCUAUUGACGUUUAAAACGGAUGUGUGAAAUGCGAGAUAUAAAGCAUUCCACUUGAUUUUUCGUAAUUACGAGACAAAACGUCGUCUCCACCUGAUUUUACGAUGCUUGAAUGUGGAAGUGUACUGCAGGUACUGGCUAGAGCUCAUUGUUUCCAGAACUAUGUCGUUCCCAAACAUUACUUUAGCGAACUCAUUUCUAUACAAACCCUAAUGGGCUGCAUGUUCCUGUAUUGUGUCAAUACAAGGUUGAAAUGUUCGCACAAGUUCUUUGACAGCUCGUUUAGUUUAGUGUAAGCGUUUUGACAGUGGACUAGUGAACAAGAUUCUUGUAGCCAUCCUUUUAAUGUUUUUGCAGUGCGAAUAGAAGGGAGCACCUCUCAUUACGAACAAUCUUUAAAAUAGGCACUUUUUCUUGUCAAGUAAAGAAAAAUAUCUUCCAGUAAUUGAGGUGCUUAGGCCUUGCUGCCUUCCAGGGACGCACGCGACAAUAUAUAGACAUAAGCAUGCCAAAAUUUAUUUCCCUUACAAAGUGUUCAAUGCACGUAUUGUUUUGGUUCUAUCCUUACCUCUCGUAUUAAUACAUAAGGUUGUUAUUGUUUAUCAUGCUGAUGACAAGAGUGAGACUCAAAUGAUCUGGAGCUUCCCCAAAUAUGUUCUCCCAAUAAGAAUAUUUUAUUGAGGUGGAAGGUAUGUCAGUUUUAAAGUGCAGUUUCUUAUUCAUUCGGAAGUCGUCUUUUUUGACUUGCAUUCCACUCUAGUUACAGCUGUGGAAUUUUUUUGCCUGUUGUGACAAACCUACCCUUGCGAGUAAGAUGCAGUUUUUAGUUAUAUUAUUGGCACGCCGCGUUUUAUGUCUUCUUGCUGUGAGCGCGUUACGCCAGCUAACAAAUCUUAAUUCACUGCUCAUUGUAUGACGCUCCUGCAUGCACCUGAGCAUUCUCCAAGAUUGUCGUCGAUUCUAUCUUUUUUUUCUCUAUUGUUGGCCAACCUUUUGUUAUGAAAUUGCACGCGCAACGCGAAUACGGUCGUGCAUUCUGGAAGACACGCGAGCACCGACGAAUCCGCUGGAAUCUUCUACAAACCAUAUGUCAAUAGCCGACGCUAAUUAAUCGAAAAUCAUUUGUUCGGCGAUCGACUCAUUUGCCUGGCACUACCUUUCUGCCCACACGUAACUUGCUGAGUGCUGGUUCGUCCAAUAAAGUGUGUUUUGUGACUCACAGCUAUUGUUACUGCGUCAAUCCCCGUCGCUAAGACAUGACAUCUCGUAGAGGUGCUUCGUGGUGACCGAAUAAACCCUACCAGCCAUGAAAAUAACACGAACCUUGUCAUGAACGAGCGAGCUCGGCGCAGGCUACAACAGCCGGAGUAUGGACAUCGGCCUGAGUAGACUAGAAAGUUCAUGGCCCAGGCAACUGCCAUAGUGAGAGUGCCGGCGUCACCCGCAGCAACGUGUGCUGCAAAAGCCAAGGAAGGAAACCGAUCAUCCCCGGAUUGCCGUUUGGACAUCUGGAAAUCUGGCCAGAAACCUGCGGGAGAACCGCUACGUUUAACAAUCGAAUCUGUGAUGAGCUGUGGUUUCACAGUUUCGGAGUGGAGUUCUGCAAACAUUCAUGAGCGUCAUGCCCAAGGAGCGGGCCGAAGUUGAAUAGGAAUGCCGAAUGAGAACACCAUGACCUUCAGGGCAUAAAUUGAGCCAAGCCGACCCGCGCAACUCCGACAGGAAAGCGUUCUUCCUCAUCCGCGGUUUGAAGCAUGUCGUUUACACUGAUUGAAACCUAGACCAGCCAAGACCAUUUCAAAAUUCCUAACGGAAGCCACGGGCAUCGGAAAGACGUUGGAAAAGCGAACUCAGCCACAUAUCACCUGGUGUUUUCGCCGUGGUGAAAAAUUCACAGUAUAGGCUCUGACGAACUCCGAAAGACAACCAUAACAGUUUCACGCGAAGACCUACUUAGGAUGUUCUCUUCGACGCAGCCUAUGGUAUGCUUAAUUGCUGAUGUUGUCUGAGAGGAGAUCCAGCAGGCAUUCCCAGUCCAUGAAUUGCCGCAUCUGUAGCCUAGAUUGAUGGCUUACGUCACCGUCUUCAGCUGUCUGCGUCUCCCAUCGCGCCCGCACCUGAUGGGUCUUAGCUCGGCAGCCACUGAGAACCCGGACAUCUCUGCUGCUUAUCCUUACCAAGAGGUGAUAGAAUGUUUUGCCAUCAACUGUAUGCGUUCACAGCAAGAUGAACGACCCCGUGAAAUUGCCGACUGUUUGGCUGCAACUGAACGGAGACCCCACCGACUGUGCCGAUCGCCGUCGCCGCGGCACUGCCUCUCACUGAAGCGCCUAGAGUGCAAUGGGCUAAUACAUGACUGAUAUGCGAGUCCAUAUCCGGUAAACUAAACAAAGUAACCUAAGGAGGUGCGGUUGCUGUUCGUUGAAGUACCCAAGGCCCUCCGUGGCCAGCGCAAGUUCAGUCUCCAGGAGGAAAGAACGACAUGCUGCAAUUUCGAUGAAGCUGCGAAAAAAGAAACCAUGCGGCCUAAAGGAUACCCGACGGCACUAUGUGAAAGUGUAACAGUACGAUACAGCCAUGAUCCGACACUGCGAAAUACCUAAGUGCAUGAACCACCAAAAUCGACGCUGUUGUUGCGCAAUCGCCACUUUAGUGGACACAGGACCCGACAACUCUGCUUUGAAAGAAUACUUAACAACGCAGUCGAUGACAGUCAAAUGCAUGGAAAGGACCCCAAAUCCGGGAAGCUGGAGGUCAUGUGACAAGGACGACUGGAAUGAGCCCGUACGUCGAACACAAGAUGUGUUAAGGCACCCUUUCGUUCCAUAAUCAUCCUUGUUUCGCAGCCUCACAACUCGCCCACCUACGCAUCAACCACCAGCCAAGGACGGUCAGACAACGCUUCGUCGUACACUAGGUCGGCGGCGAUGUUUGAGUUUGCAGCCCUAUAAGCCGAAGCAUACUGAAUUAAAAGCUACGUUGUUUUGAACUGUACACGAAAAUGCAGUGACUGUGCGCAUGCUAUAUCCCCAUAGAGCCAGGCGGGACGCAAUCACAGCGGCACCACUCAUGCCCAUCAGGAAACAGUGUUGUGCACAUUAGGCGGUUUAAGCAUAGCUAAGCAACUAUAAUUUCGUUGCUUUGCUAAUCUUCUUUUGUACGUGUUCUCAUUGUUUUCGCACGAUACUUUUUAGGAUGGGUGCAUUUACACGUGUUUUUUACCUUCUUCCGGUGAAUACGUUUCAGCGCGUAACAAGUGUUAAAUUAUCG